AUUCCCAAGUUUUUGGAUGUUUGUUGAUUAUUGAUCUUGUCAGGAUAACUCAGAACUUUUCAGUAUUUGCUUUUAUAUCCCUGAAAGAGGUGGUGUGCUUUCCAUAUUUGUGCUUACAGUUUAAACCAACUUGGAGUAUUUCUUUUUUCUCAUGAGAUAAUUUUCGAGUAAGGUUGGACUCGAACCCGAGACCCGGAUGACAUGGAAUAAUCGUUCGAAGCUAGUAUUAUUCAAUCAACCUCAACCAAAUCGGUUAGGCUUGUCUGGAUCAGCAGCAGUUCUCUCAGAAGCGGAAAUCUUGAAUCAUGGGGUCUUACAUAAAUUUCAAGAACUACGGUGUGACAUCUCAGACUGAAGGAAGUGGUUCCAAGCAAGCAGAGAAUCCCUCUCUGGCUAGACAGUCGUCUGUAUAUUCGCUGACUUUUGAAGAGUUGCAGAACACUUUGGAUGGAGUUGGAAAGGAUUUUGGUUCUAUGAAUAUGGAUGAACUUCUAAAGAGUAUCUGGACAGCUGAAGGGAAUCAGCCUGUGAUAUCCUCUGGUGACAUAAGACAAGGGAUUCCUUUUCCUGGUGGAAAUUUGAAUAAGCAGGGUUCUCUAACGUUGCCUCGUACACUCAGCCAGAAAACUGUUGAUGAAGUAUGGAAAGAUUUGCUUAAAGAAACUGAUAAUAUGAGGGAUGGAAAUGGAGGAAUGAAUUUGUCAGAGAGGGAAGCAACUCUGAGUGAGAUGACACUGGAGGAGUUUCUGUCUAGGGCAGGGGUGGUAGGGGGAACCACUCAUUUCGGAAGGUCUUAUAAUGGUUCACAUGGUGAUAUAACACAACAAGAUAACAGCAAUGCCGAUUUGCCCUUUGGAUUCCCCCAAACAGAAGUAAGCUAUGAAUCACGCAGUAAUAACGUCAUAAAGAACAGGAAUGCAGUUCAUAAUCCAUAUUCCAGUUUAGGUUUGAACUCAGGUGGUAUCACCCCUCAGCAGCAACCUCGGCAGCAGCAGCAACCCCUUUUACCUAAGCAAGUAACUUUGGCUUUUGCCUCUCCAUUGAAUGAAGGAAACAAUGCUCAGUUGACAAGCCUCGGAACAAGGAGUCCCCUUGUGAGAAGGGGAGAUCCUUUUAUGGAUAAUUCUGCAACUCAGAGCUGUGUCAGACAGAGUAGAGAAAUUGGCAUUGCCAGUUUAGCUCCUCGUGUUGCAAUUCCAGUGGGAUAUCAUAAAAGCCAGUUGACAUCAAACAUGAACCCUGACAGGAAUCUCGAUGCAUCAUCACUGUCACAUUCUCCUUAUGCAUACAAUGAAGGUACGAACGGAAGAAGAACUGGUACUUUCGAGAAAGUGGUGGAGAGAAGGCGCAAGAGAAUGAUUAAGAACAGAGAAUCAGCUGCUAGGUCAAGAGCUCGAAAACAGGCUUAUACACUAGAGUUAGAAGCAGAAGUUGCAAAGCUUAAAGAAGUCAAUGAGGAGAUGCAGAGCAAACAGGAAGAAUUCAUGGAAAUGCAGAAAAAUCAGAUAUUGGAGAAGAUGAAUAUGCCAUGGGGAAGUAAGAGAUUAUGCCUGAGAAGGACCCUGACCGGACCUUGGUAAAGUCGAUGAACUUUAGAUGGAGUAAUAAUACUCGAGGUGAUCACGGAUUAAUAUAUGUGAUAAGUGGAUCGAAUAUUUAGUAUAGUCUGGUUCGAACCUGUUCUACUAUAAUAGCUUCUUGUAUGAAAGCUGAGUGCUCUGAUGUAUAUAUUUUGGGAGCUUAAUUAAUGUUAAACGCUGAGAAUUUUCCUUUCGCAUGAA